CUCACCCAGAGCCCGCCGCCGCCCGCCAGCCCACUCCCUGCGCUGCUGCGAGUCUCCUGCCAAAACGCCCGCAGCAACAUCACUUGCCCCUGCCCAGCCAAUUUUAUCUCCAUCCCAGAUUCUUGACCCCCUCCCGGCACGCACCAGAGGUCCUGUAAAUCUGUCCUCGUCCUCGCCGUGAAAGGAAAGGCGUUUCUCUUUGGCCCGAGCCUUUCUCUCUUUUUUUUUUUGUAACUGGCCUUGGCCGCUUGUCCUGGAACGGGGCCGGAACAUUGAACGAUUUGUCCAUCCCGCCCCCCCCACAGGCACUCGCACACGCUCCAAGUGAUCCUCGACCAUCGAACGCCUCCCUGGCCGAACCAUCUACCGACGGCAGACCAAGACGAGAAGCCACGCAUUGUACUGCAUCGCACGACGACACCAGCGCAUCCCACAACAAAUCCGAAUUGCGUCCACCGCUUCCACUCGGCGACAAGCAGUGGCUUUGACAACACCAGUCGACGCAGCCGCCCUGCUUGACCUCCGCCUGUGCCCUUGAUAACCGAACAUCCCGUCUACUCGAUCCGCCCUCACCACCGCUGCUCCCUGCUCGCCUGGCGCGAAGAACUCCCAAACCCGGGCCACCUUGACACUUCGGGCGCCCGCGCUCCUUGCGCUCCUUGCGCUCACUUCGACCCCCAAAACGGCUUUGAACAGACACAGGCAGCGUCUCGCUGCUGUUGCGCUCCUUACAAUAUGAUGAUGGAGGAGAAAUAUAUCGGCCUGGGGCUGGCCAUGACAUCCAGUUUGGCCAUCGGUACGAGUUUUGUAAUAACGAAAAAGGGCCUCAACCAAGCGGGCGAGACGCAUGGCUUCGAGGGAGAGGGCUUCGUAUAUCUUCGGAAUCCCCUAUGGUGGGCUGGUAUCUGCACACUGGUUGUCGGCGAAGUGUGCAACUUCGCAGCGUACGCCUUCGCGCCGGCCAUCCUUGUCACACCUCUGGGUGCGCUCUCAGUACUGAUAGGCGCGGUGCUGGGUUCAUAUUUCCUCAAGGAAGAGCUUGGCAUAUUAGGGCGUCUCGGUUGUGCCAUCUGCCUUAUCGGCGCCGUCAUCAUCGUGCUGCACGCGCCGCCAGAUGAGGACAUCGAGACCAUCGAGACAAUCCUCGCAUAUGCACUGAGGCCUGGCUUCUUGAUAUAUGCUAUAACCGUGACAGCUUUCUCCGUCUUCAUGAUCUACAGGAUUGCUCCCGUGUACGGCAAGCAAAACCCCUUGAUCUACCUCAGCAUCUGCUCCCUUGUAGGAUCAGUGUCGGUCAUGGCCAUUAAGGCCUUCGGCAUCGCCCUCAAGCUUACCUUUGCGGGCAACAACCAAUUCACCCACGCCUCAACCUACGUGUUCAUGAUAAUCACCGCGGUCUGCAUCCUAACACAGAUGAACUACUUCAACAAGGCACUGAGCCAGUUCCCUACCAACAUCGUCAAUCCCCUGUAUUACGUGACCUUCACGACGGCAACGCUCUGUGCAUCGUUCAUUCUCUACAGCGGUUUCAAUACCACCGACCCCAUCAACACCCUCUCUCUCCUCUGCGGGUUUCUUGUCACCUUCACGGGCGUGUACCUGUUGAACUUGUCUCGCAGCGACCCCAACGGCUUCAAAAUGAUCUCUGGGCGGGGCGGCGACGAUUCUGUGGGCACGGACAUGAUCUCACAGAUCCAGACGCGUAUGAGCAUGGAGGCUCGCAGGAGUCUAGGCCAUGGCGGCGACCGCGAGGGCCUGAUGCGGGCGUACGACGAGGAAGAGGCUGCCGCAUUUGGCCUGACAGAUCUCGCAGAGGAUAGCGACGAUGAACGCAGUGGCGCAAGGACCAAGCAGAACGGCUCAGCGUCGGUAAACGGGAGGUCGAGAUCGAGUGAAAUGCAAAAUCCGAAGUCCGGCGAGCGGUGACUGACGAGGUAGCCACCAAUCGACCCACGGGUCGGACUGAGAGAUUGAAUCAGCGAAUUAGAGUUUUCGGUAUCUUUUCGCGUCGCGUUUUGCUUCAUCUAUGUACCGUAAGAGCGGUACUCCGCCCUUUCAUUCACACCUGGUCCCAUCUAGAACUGCUUGGAGGUCCGAGCUCCCCCGCCGUGACGAAGGGCGUAAUCGACUGCGCCGGAAGACCUGCAUGAAGGCUAUCACGGGCGGCUGGGAGAGGGGCAUGGCAACUUUUACGACACGAUACGACGCGACGCGAUGAGCUUGUAUACAAGACACGGGUGGGGGAAAGGAUCGGUCUGGGGGCUUUGGCAUUGGCAUCUGGCGUCUUGGGAAUAUUUAUGGCUGGCUGACCAUAUGUUGGUCUCUUACGGGGCGAGCUGUACUUGUACGAAGAGGAGGCCGGCAGGAUGCCGGUGUUGCCAUCACGGAGGGCGCAUCACAUGGGGGCUAAUGGCCAGAGUCGAGACCGAAGUUUUUCAAAGAUCAAACAACCAAGUUCAAUAGAAAAGAGAGCCUUGAAGGCCUGUCAUAUAAAGAAUGCUCACUCUGCAACUCGGUGUCUGGCCAUACCGGUAUCGUAGAGCUUUGACUGCUUGCUUCAGCUCGAGGCCGAGACACUCGCAGUGCUCACCAGUUGAAGGCGGUAGUUAGCAUGUGAUUUUCAGAAAGAUCACAUGGAAAUUGUUAUUUAAGUAUAACACCACUUUUUUUUUC